UCUAAGCUUAGGGUCAUUCUUAAAUGACUAUUUUACACUAGCUUUACAACCUCUUAUAUACAGUAAUAUACAGUUCAAUUACAAGGCAAGCACAUUCAGCCAAACCAGAAUCUGCAACCCCUUUCUAUAAUAUAUAUAUAUAUAUAUAAAAAUAUAACAAGGAAAGCUAUGGAUUAAACAAUAGUCUGAAACCCUGACAAUGUAUUGAAGACAUAUGACUUGUAAUUUUGCGUCAAUGCAGUCUGAGACAAAACGAUGAGGGAGAGAGAGAGACGGAGAGAGAGAGAACACAGGUGAGGAAGCACGCGUUGGCAGACAGUCAAGCCUACAGCUGAUUCUAUACAUUUUCAGCACUAUGGACAGUUCCAUUCUGCAGCGCGAGCAGACAGAGCGGGUAUAAAUGGUUGCUUAGCCUGCACACCAACACAGCUUAGUAUACUGAGGCAAUAUGAGCCACAGAAUGGACUAUCAUUCGGGUUCUCCGCAUAGGGGAGCUCAAGCUGAGUAUUGCUGCUAUCAACCCAAACUGACCGGAUCCCCCUCUGCAUCCAGGACCGUUGGCUUUGAGUCGACUACCGCAUACAUGAACAGAGGAUAUGCGACGAUGCUGAAGAGUGAAUUCGGAUCCGUUCCGAGAUCAUCGGAGAGCCGUUUAAAUUUUUCAGACCCAUUUACCGGGGUGUUGACGAAAAUGAAUGAGAAAGAACUGCUCCAUGGGCUGAACGACCGUUUCGCCGGAUUCAUAGAGAAGGUGCGUCAAUUGGAGCAUCAAAAUGAAUUGUUUGAGAGGGAAAUCGAGGAAAUCAAACUAAAGGCACAGUCCCCUGCGUCUCUGGCCCAGGAGCACGAGCUGGAACUUAUGGACCUGAGGAACCUAGUUCAUGACAUCACCCUUCAGAAGCGUCAAAUCGAGAUAGAGCAUCAGAACCUGGAGGAAGAUUUCCUCACCUUGAGAGACAAGUACGAGCAGGAGGCACGUGACCGCUCGGAUGCAGAGAACGGCAUCCUUGUGCUGAAAAAGGACGCCAACGAUGCAUACCUCGCCAAACUUCAGUUGGACAAGAAAGCGCAGUCUCUGGUGGACGAGAUCCACUUCCUGAAGAAGAACCAUGAGGACGAGAUAUCAGAAAUGGUGGCCCAGAUCCAAGAGGCUCAAGUAACGGUCAAGGCGCAUGACUUUGGCAAACCUGACAUCACAGAGGCUCUCCGGGACAUCCGUGUGCAGUUAGAAGGUCACUCCAACAUUCAGCAGGCCGAGGAGGGCUUCCGUGUCCAGUUCGCAAAGUUAACCAAAGCGGCAGAGAGCAACAGAGAGGCGUUGAAGGCGACCCAGCAGGAGAUCCAGGAGAAUAGAAGGCGCCUGCAGGGGAAAACAAUUGAACUGGAAUGUGGGAAAGGAAUCAGAGAGGCCCUGGAAAAACAACUGCAAGACCUGGAGGAGCGUCACUAUGCGGAAAUGAUUCAUUACCAGGUAGACUGUGGUUUAUUUUGUACCUCUAACAAUUGUAAGUAAACAAACACAUUUUUAUGAUUCAUAUUUGUAUUCAGGGCUAUGUUGUAGGUGUAGGCCACAAAUAUAGGCCCCAUGUGAACUGUAUCAUUAUUGGAAUAUAAUUUCCUCAUAUAGGCCUAUAGGGGUAGAACACUAUUUCUCCCCUUAAUUUCUCCUUGUUGUCAUACCAACCAAAGUGGCUGGUUGACCCUAUUAUUGACACUACUUGUGUGCUUUUCUGUCCAGGACACUAUCAGGCAGCUGGAUAAUGAGGUGACCAAUGCUAAACUAGACAUGUCUGGCUACCUGAGAGAGUACAAGGACCUGCUGAAUGUCAAAAUGGCUUUGGAUGUGGAGAUUCUCUC